CACUCACAGAGAUUGGACACGGUACUCUUAACGCUCCGAGUAGUCUUGGAGUUCGCGGAAAGCUUUAAAAGUCAUGUACUUUUGCACUACUGUCAAACGGCUCGAUUACAGGCUACGCAAUGGGCAGUGCGUCAGCUCUUGGUGCUCAUAUCAUCUUGGGUUUUGGCCUCCUAGAGGCCUUAUCACCAGCCAUUGUCAGUGCCACUACAGAUAUUGAUCCCCAGACCGCAGUUAAGAGCAAUCUUCUUUUCUUGGUUGAAAUACAGAAAACUGAUAAUUCUGGUGCUGAAAUAAGAAGUUGCACCGGCGCUCUAAUAUCACCUCUGGAUGUCAUAACUGCGGGUGAUUGCGUUGAUGUCGCUAAUGCCUCCAACGUAAACGUGUUAACCGGCGCGCUUCUUGGGCAGGGCUCCCGCGUCGUGCACGCAGCCCAAACCGUCAUGAGGCACCCAAAGUACGUGAUCGUGAAUGGCGCAGCGAACGUCAAUUUUAACUUUGACGUGUCCCUGGUUCGACUGAAGGAAGCCUUGGUACUCGGAACGCAGGCGAGCACCAUUGCACUCACCAGCCCGGGAGCCAGGGCAGCUGUUGGUGCAAACAUAACUGUAGCGGGAUUUGGAAUCUACGAUUGGGGAGAGGACGAUAACGGGAAACCCAGACUAAAGCAAGGACAAAUUAUGAACAGUGUAGUUUGUGGCAAUCAAAUGUUGGCCAAUAUAACUCCUGAGGAAUUUUGCGUGUCGAACCCUCCUGACAAUGGCAACUCAGGAUGUCCAGCGUUCAUCGGGAAUGUUCUUUAUGGGAUCAUGUCAUGGGGAAGUACAGUGUUCGUGGACGUCGCCGAGCCAGAAAUCAACACAUUUAUUAGCAUGAAUAUUAAAGUAUAACCGGGGAAUUUUGUUGAACUAAUAAACACUUCAAAUAUAAUGUACUUGUUCUAAGA